GUAACGUUACAAUUUCUUCGUAGAGUUCAGAACUUUGAGCUAAAAUGGUGACACCCAUUUGUAUUUAGAUGAACUUUUGUUCUUGGACGAACUAUUAGUAGCAGUCAUUCUGACAUCAUCAUAAAUAAAUGGGCGCUCAAAAACAUGGCACAAAGGGUGGCAGUGGAGGUGGUUAUGUUGGCGGCUUUCUCCAUCUAUUUGAUUGGAAUGCAAAAUCUCGCAAGAAGUUGUUUUCAAGCAAGUCAGAAUCACCAGAACAACCGAAGCAGACGAAGAGAUUGGAUGGGAACAUGCCUAUGACUCGAUUCAAUACGAUGGAUGAAGAUGAGAUGAUGGGUCGCUUGAGUUUCAGGGGGAGCAGUGAUUAUAGCUGCGCAACUUCAGUAACUGAUGAAGAUGGUUGUGGCACCAAAGCUCCUGGGGUCGUCGCUAGACUUAUGGGAUUAGAUUCAUUGCCAACUUAUAACUUCUCUGACACGUAUUCAAAUCCAUCUUUUGAUUCCCAGUCUCUUAGAGAUUCGUCAGCAUAUUUUAGUAGAAAAGAUCCUGAAUCUGAAUCAAUGGAUUUUCAAAUGGAGCCAGUUCAAAGACAUACACAAGUCAAACCUCAAAAGAUGGUGAUCAGUAGGGCAAUAGAAAAGUUUCAAACUGAAACUUUACCUCCAAAAUCAGCCAGGUCGAUUCCAAUCACACAUAACAAGCUCUUAUCCCCUAUCAAAAACUCAGGAUUCGUGUCUUCAAAUAAUCCUGCUCGUAUAAUGGAAGCUGCAUCAAAGAUACCUCUUGUUAGAUCAUCAUCACCAUCACCAUCACCAUCAUCAUCAUCAGUUCCGUUUAGGGUCAAAGUUUCGAGAGAUAAAAUUGAGAUUUCUAGGAAACCCAAGCUUCCAGAAGUUCCUCGAAGGCCAUUAGAGUCGAAUGCUACUAAGAAUGUUAAAAGCCAACAAUCAUUAGAACCGAAAAAGUCAGUUUCUUUAGCUCUUCAGGCAAAGGCUAAUGUUCAAAAACGCGAAGGGUUAAAUCAUCGAACACAACCUGUCAAAAGUCAGUCAAAUUCCCAAAGAAAUGUCAACAAGAAUCCUGUUUCUUCAAAUGUGCUAAAGCAGAAUAAUCAGAAACAGAAUAGCUUAGUUGACCGAGGAAAGACAACCCCGAAAUCUUCAUGUCCUACCACGGGUCCACAAGCAAGAAAGCCGGUUACCCAGAAAACAAGCCAUAAAAAGGAACCAUACUCCAUAAAUCGAAGAAAGCGUUCUAUGGAUGAAAGUGAUCCAAAUAAUACUCAUGCCGAAAAUAAUAGUCUUCGGGAUAAAAGUUAUAGAAGUAAUAAAAGUGAUGUAGUUUCUUUUACAUUCACAGCUCCAAUAGCACGCCCAGUGAUCUCUGCCAAAGAAUUUUUAAAUAAUCGAAGUAAGAACAUGCUAGAUUCUACCAAUAAUGCUUCAAACUCAUCAUCUAUGAGCUAUAAUGUUAUUGGAAGUGAUGCUUUAAGUACCCUUUUGGAGCAAAAGCUAAGGGAGUUGACUGGUAAUCCGGCAUCUGUAUCUGAAGAGUCAUUGGCUGCAAUGGAGAGUGACAUCAGAUAUGAUUCGACUGCAACAGAAAGUGACAGUAGAGAGGACUUGAGUUACAGGUCUUCUUCAUAUGAUCCUCUACACCUUGCAACGAAACAUCAGAAGCCUGAUCAGGACCGGUAUAGAAUUACUGGUGAUGAUCCAAGCUACGAAUAUUCUUCAAAUGAUCCUUUAGAACUUAUAAAAAAACAAAAUAAGCUCAAUGUGGAUCAGGAUUCAAGUUCAAGUUUUGGAUUUUCUACAAAUAAUCACCUUGAACUCAUGAAGAAGCAUCACAGGCUGGACUUGGGCCAAGAGCAAAUGAAUAGAGAUGAUUCAAGUUACGGGUUUUCUUCUAAUUAUCCUCAAGACCGGAUGUUUCAUGACUAUGAAUACCGAAAAUUCCUCAAUGGUCGAGAACCAAGCCCAUGCUCAGUACUCGAACCAUCUUUCAUCACAGAAAGCUGCAAUUCUUCAGAAACCGCUGAUAGUUGCAUGCAAAGUUCAACUUCUGUUCAAGCCCGAGGGUUGAUUCCUACAAGCUGUACAAACAACCCAAGCCCAAUGGAUGUAGAUACCGAGUUAUUAGACUCAGCAUCAUCCAUCACAACAGGUGCCAAAUGGGAGCCAGAGUACGUGAAAGAAGUGCUUUCUGAUAUCGAGGCUAUGUUUGUUGAUUUCACCAUUGGUAAAACCAGGAAGAUUGUGAACCCACGCGUGUUUGAUCGGCUAGAGUUUGGUAGACCGAAUCAAGAAGUGGUUAAGCUGAGGCGUGAGCUCAUGUUCAAUUGUGUCAGUGAGUGUAUGGAGACAAGGUGCAGGGUAUGGGGCAAAGGGCUAGCAACCAUGAGAAAACCAGACCAGUUAGCUCAAGAAGUGUAUCAAGAGAUUGUGGAUUGGGAAGAUAUGAAAGACGGUAUGGUGGAUGAACUCGUUGAUAAGGAUAUGAGCGGACUUAACUACAAAAAAUGGCUCGAUUUUGAGGUUGAAGCCUUUGAAAUUGGAAUAGAGAUCGAGUCCCGGUUACUUGCUUCUUUGAUUGAUGAAGUUGUGGACGAUAUCUUAGUUCUUUGAUGGACCCGUUUUUUUAAAUAUGUUUUUACUUAAUUUUUGAUGAUUAUAUUGCAUAGAAUAUAAAUGUAGAAACCUGUAAUGGUAAAAUAUUUAAUUUGCAUGGUAAA